GGUCUUCGAGGUCAGUAAUUCGUGAAGCAUGCGUUCCGCGUUGUGCUAAAUGAAUAUCAAAAUUCAGCAUCGGCACGAGCAAAGCGCGGCCGUUUUGUGUAAAUAUCCCUGGAACGCUGUUAAAAUCUAUCCAAGACAUGACUAGUAUCAAUGUUGCUGAAGAUGAUCGAUUGGUGUGCCAUCACAAACCGGACUGUUUUAAAAGAUCGAACUCUCUCGCAACGUGUACCUGUGAUGACGGGCUUCUACUUUACGACAGUUCAGAACAUUCUCCCCUCAUCGCAUACCAAAACUACAGCGAAGGGGCCGAUGCCAAAUAUCUCACAGACAUUCACUGCCACGAGACUAAACCCAUGUACUCGAACGCAAGAGCGAAGAGAAAGCUUGUAGUUGCUAGCGUUGUAUGCCUUCUUUUUGUGAUCGCUGAAGUAAUCGGCGGCUUACUUGCUGGAAGUCUAGCCAUCAUGACUGAUGCAGCUCACAUGUUAUCAGACUUUGCCUCAUUUCUUAUCAGUCUUUUCGCCAUCUGGGUUGCUCGCUGGCUGCCAGAUAAGAGAAGGACAUUUGGUUACUACAGAGCAGAGGUGCUUGGCGCUCUUGUCUCAGUGCUUAUCAUCUGGGUGUUGACCGGAGUGCUGGUGUACCUUGCUGUACAGAGAGUCAUGACAAGAGAUUUUAAUAUAGAUGCCGAUAUCAUGCUUAUCACAGCAGGGGUGGGGCUAGGGGUCAACAUAUUGUUAGGGAUUAUUCUCCAUCAAACAGGCAUGGGACAUAACCAUAGCCAUGGAGGAGGCAGUCACAGCCAUGGGGCAAGUCACAGUAGCCAUAAUGGCAAGGUGGAAUCUGUUUCUACAAAUCGGUUAACAAGAAGUGGAAGUUUAUCAACUGAAAAACAGAACAUCAACGUCAGAGCAGCAUUUAUUCAUGUUUUAGGAGACAUCGUUCAGAGUGUUGGUGUCCUCAUUGCAGCAUAUAUUAUUAAAUUUAAGGUAAAACUCACCUUUAUACAUGCGUGUACAUGACUUAAGCUUGCCUCAAGUUUUAGAGUAGCUAAGAAGCUAAUAUCUUGAAGAAAAAUAACAUCGUAAAUAUAAAAACAACAAGUACCACUACUAAUUAUUAUGGUGGACUACAUUAUAAAAAAAAAGUUAGCAAGACUAACAUAAGUUUACAAUUCUAUGAUUUUACCAUUUUUCUCUCCCUAACAUCUAUGUCAACUCUUCAUAAUUAUCUGGGAGUCUCCCAGCAGACACAGACUAAAUCUCCCAAGUCUUUCAUACAGGUUGCCCAAUCUCCCAGAUACAAAGGAAAAGCACUUGAAGUACCUUUUUAACCGCGCGGCCAUGGGCCGAGCGCGGUUCAUGUUCUAU